AUGAGAAGUGACAACCAGAGCAGCUUCUGGGACUCCCCAGAGGACUUCAUUCUCCUGGGCGUUUCUGACAGGCCAUGGCUGGAGCUCCCCCUCUUUGUGGUCCUCCUGGUGUCCUACGUUCUGGCUAUGCUGGGAAACAUCUCCAUCAUCCUGGUAUCCCGGCUGGAUCCCCAGCUCCACAGCCCCAUGUACAUUUUCCUGAGCCACCUGUCCUUCCUGGACCUCUGCUACACCACCACCACUGUCCCUCAGAUGCUGGUCAACAUGGGCAGUUCCCAGAAGACCAUCAGUUACGGAGGCUGCACGGUGCAGUAUGCCAUCUUCCACUGGCUGGGCUGCACCGAGUGCAUUGUCUUGGCCGCCAUGGCUCUGGACCGCUACGUGGCCAUCUGUGAGCCGCUCAGGUACGCCAUUAUCAUGCACCGCCCGCUCUGCCAGCGCCUGGUGGCUGUGGCCUGGCUCAGCGGCUUUGGCAACUCCCUUGUUCAGGUCAUCCUGACGGUGCAAUUGCCUUUCUGUGGGCAGCAAGUGCUCAACAACUUCUUCUGUGAGGUGCCAGCCAUGAUCAAGCUGUCCUGCGCUGAUACUGCGGUGAAUGAUGCCACGCUGGCUGUGCUGGUAGCCUUCUUUGUGCUGGUCCCUCUGGCCCUCAUCCUUCUCUCCUAUGGCUUCAUCGCUAGGGCAGUCGUGAGGAUCCGGUCCUCCAGGGGACGGCACAAGGCCUUCGGGACUUGUUCCUCCCACCUGCUGGUGGUGUCCCUCUUCUACCUACCCGCCAUCUAUAUGUACCUGCAGCCCCCAUCCAGCUACUCCCAAGAGCAGGGCAAGUUUAUCUCUCUCUUCUAUUCUAUCAUCACCCCCACCCUUAACCCUUUCAUCUACACCCUGAGGAAUAAGGACGUGAAGGGGGCUCUGAGGCGGCUCCUGGCAAGGACUGUGAGGUUAUGUGGAAGGUGA